AUGCAUGGUUCCAAAACCCCUGGCACGAACAAUUCUCUCGUAAACACCAAUUCCCCGUCAAGACGUCACAGGAAUGUCACUAACCGCACUCCCAUGUCAGGCAGAGGUCAAACUACCAGCGAAGCAAGAGGACAAGCAGGAGGGAGGGAUUCACCUAGUAGCAGGGGUCAAGAGAGGACGAAUCAGACUGGUGGAGCCGAUUCAGGGACUCCCCCUGAUAGAGGCUUUGUUCCGGCGAUAGAACGGGGUGUGGAGUGCCGCUUCUGCAAGCGGGAGUUUCAGGAUCCGCGAGCAUUGGGAGGGCACAUGAACCUGCACAGACGUGAGAUCGACUUUGAACGGUUCAUGGAUAGCCAGCAAGAGCUGGAGCAGCGGUGGCAGCAACGAGCCCAGGCAGAGGACCAGGCUGUAGCAGAGCGGCAGAGGCAAUCUCUCGCCGACCAGGCUGUAGCAGAGCGGCAGAGGCAAUCUCUCGCCGACCAGGCUGCAGCAGAGCGACAGAGGCAAACUCUAGCCGACCAGGCUGUAGCAGAGCGGCAGAUUGAACUCUCAGCUGGCCAGCAGACCCAGCGUGCAGCUGAGAGGCUUUUAGCGCAGGCUGCAGCAUCGGCACUAGUGCGGGCGCAAACAAAUUCACAGAUGCAAGGUGCUGCAGGGACUGAAGGGGUUGCAUGGACGGCAGGGCAGGAAGGCGUGGGCCAGCAAGGAGGGGAACAGCAGGGUGCGGGGUCUGGAGUGCUGGCAGAACGCUUACUAGGCGGAGCGGAGCUGCUGAUAGUGGUUGCGGCAGCGGAGCUGGCGUCAAGAGGCCACAGCGUGCGUGUCUUCACAGCCCAUCACGACCCCCACAGAUGCUUCCCCGAGACCAUCGACGGCACCUUCCCUGUGCACGUGCAUGGAAGCUUCCUCCCCCGCCACAUUGCCGGCCGAUUUCACGCAGUCUGCGCCUACCUCAGGUGCCUCUGGGCGGCGCUCUUCAUCGUCAUCUCCGUGUGGCUCCGGUGGAUCCCAGCCGUUGAUGCGAUCAUCACAGAUCAAGUCUCAGCCGUUCAUCCCAUUCUCAGAUUGCUGCCUGCCAAGAUCCUCUUCUACUGUCACUUCCCGGACCUGCUGCUGGCUCAGCGGGGCUCCUGGCUGCGCUCGCUGUACCGAGCUCCCAUUGAUUGGGUGGAACAGGUCACCACUGGCAUGGCGGACACCAUAGUGGUCAACAGUCACUUCACGGCAGCCACAUUCGCCGCCACCUUCCCCUCGCUAGCAUCACACGGCAUCCGCCCCGCUGUGCUCUACCCAGCCGUGGCACUCGAUUCCCCAUCAGCUUCUUCCUCUGCAACUGCUAGCACUGCUGGCGGCGAUAUUUCUGCUGCCCCAAGCCCUGCUGUUGACGAAGCAGAGAAGCUUGGGGCUGAUCUCAACUGCCCAUUCUUCCUCUCCAUCAACCGCUACGAGCGCAAGAAGGAGAUCGCCACGGCCAUCUCUGCCCUGGGGCUGCUCACGCGCUUGUCAGCACACACAGGCACUGCCCACGGCCAGGAAACAGGCAGCCAAGAUGCCACUGCUGCUUUGGCGAAGGGACAGCGGCCUCGACUUGUGGUUGCAGGUGGGUGUGACGCUCGUGUGAAGGAGAACGUGGAGUAUCUGCAGGAGCUGAAACAACUAGCUGCUAUGGAGGGGUUGGCAUCAGAUGUCCUUUUCCUCACGUCCAUCAGCGACUCGCUCAAGGCUCAGCUACUUUCCCACUGCACUGCUGUUGUCUACACCCCUCCAAAUUAG